AUGGCCACUAAUCUGCAAGAAGACCAGCGUUGUGGCUCUACACAAAAAGAAGAACACAAUAUCGCGCCUCCAGAGAAGCCACUAGACGAUCCACUUCCAGAAUAUCCGCCUCCUGAACCUUCCGAGAAGCCACCUCCUGAGCCCCCAGAGAAGCCACCUCCUUUACCUCCAGAGAAGCCACCAGACGAACCACCUCCGGAAUAUCCGCUUCCUGAACCUCCAGAGAAUCCACCUGAGCCCCCUAUGAAGCCACCUCCUUUACCUCCAGAGGAGCCACCAGACGAACCACCUCCGGAAUAUCCGCCUCCUGAACCUCCAGAGAAGCCACCUCCUGAGCCCCCUAUGAAGCCACCUCCUUUACCUCCGGAGAAGCCUCCUGAUGAACCACCUCCGGAAUAUCCGCCUCCUGAACCUCCAGAGAAGCCACCUCCUGAGCCCCCUAUGAAGCCACCUCCUUUACCUCCGGAGAAGCCUCCUGAUGAACCACCUCCAGAAUAUCCGCCUCCUGAACCUCCAGAGAAGCCACCUCCUGAGCCCCCUAUGAAGCCACCUCCUUUACCUCCGGAGAAGCCUCCUGAUGAACCACCUCCGGAAUAUCCGCCUCCUGAACCUCCAGAGAAGCCACCUGAGCCCCCUAUGAAGCCACCUCCUUUACCUCCGGAGAAGCCUCCUGAUGAACCACCUCCAGAAUAUCCGCCUCCUGAACCUCCAGAGAAGCCACCUGAGCCCCCUAUGAAGCCACCUCCUUUACCUCCGGAGAAGCCUCCUGAUGAACCACCUCCAGAAUAUCCGCCUCUUGAACCUCCAGAGAAGCCACCGGAGCCCCCAGAGAAGCUACCUCCUUUACCUCCAGAGAAUCCACCUGAGCCCCCUAUGAAGCCACCUCCUUUACCUCCAAAGGAGCCACCAGACGAACCACCUCCGGAAUAUCCGCCUCCUGAACCUCCAGACAAGCCACCUGAGCCCCCUAUGAAGCCACCUCCUUUACCUCCGGAGAAGCCACCAGAUGCACCACCUCCGGAAUAUCCGCCUCCUGAACCUCCAGAGAAGCCACCUGAGCCCCCUAUGAAGCCACCUCCUUUACCUCCGGAGAAGCCACCAGAUGCACCACCUCCGGAAUAA